CCGAAAAGUCUUUACUGUCAAUGCGAUGGCCGCAGCGUUAAGUGAAAUAUUAUUCUAUUAAAAUAAUGAGAGCAAACAUAAAUAAACCCUAGCGGUAUACUAUUUAUUUCGUAUAGAAGUUUGGAGCAGUGGAACAAUUUAAUGAUGGACCAAAAUGGUUCACAGAAUAGAGGCAAGUGGAAGAACAAGACUGAAUUUAUACUAUCUUGUAUUGGGUAUGCCGUGGGAUUAGGAAAUGUCUGGAGGUUUCCUUACUUAGCUUACAGAAAUGGAGGAGGUGCCUUUUUAGUACCGUACCUGCUGAUGCUUUUCUUAUGCGGUAUUCCGUUGUUUUUCAUGGAAUCUGCCUUAGGACAAUUUUCAAGUACUGGUUGCAUAACUGUGUUCAAAAUAUGCCCUCUGUUCAAAGGGGCCGGAUAUGCGAUAAUCAUAGUAAAUAUGAUCAUAAGCACCUAUUUCAACAUAGUCAACACUUAUCCCUUGAUGUACCUGAUGUACGCCUUCAAAGACCCGUUGCCAUGGUCUGAUUGCGACAACCCUUGGAACACAAAAGAAUGCACAAAGGUACAAACAGCUUUUCUGCUACUUUCACGGACAGCACAUAAUCAAGGAACUUUAUUCGUCCUAGACUUUUCUAAUUAAUGCAAUAAUUAACUCUAAAAUGAAUUUAGCUUAGAGUGAGUAUCGCCAAGGACCACGCGAACGACAGCGUUUACAGGAUCGCGAAUAGGACCGCGCUAAAGACGCCGGCCGAUGAAUUUUUUCAUCUUGAAAUCCUGAAGAUAUCUCCAAGUAUCGACGAAAUCGGUUCCAUAGACACACACCUUUUAAUAUGCAAUAUAUUCUCAUGGUUGGUGACGUACUUAUGCAUAAUGAAAGGAAUAAAAUCAGUGGGCCAGGUCAUAUAUUUCACAGCUGUAUUCCCUUUCGUGAUCUUGUUUAUCCUGCUUAUCAGAGGAUUAACUUUACCAGGCGCUUGGGACGGAGUCUACUUUUACAUUUGGCCCAAGUGGGGUCAGCUAAGGAACUUGCAGGUCUGGGCGGAUGCGGCGUUACAAAUAUUUUUUUCCCUCGGACCAGGCUGGGGAGGAAUUAUCAAUAUUUCAAGCUAUAACGAUUUCAAGAACAACAGCAAAUUAGAUUCGAUAAUAAUCCCGAUAGUGAACUGUGGCACCAGCAUAUUUGCAGGUUUCGUAGUCUUUUCGGUAAUUGGCUUCAUGGCCCACGAGACAGGCAUGCCGAUAUCAACUGUGGCCGCGGGUGGACCGGGAUUGGCCUUCAUCACAUACCCAUCGGCGAUCAGUUUGAUGCCGUGGCCAAAUCUGUGGGCCGUGCUUUUCUUUCUGAUGUUAUACACUCUGGGACUGGAUAGUUUGUUUGUGACCAUAGAAACAAUAGUGACAGCCAUUGUAGAUGACUUUUCACAUUUGAGAAAGUUCCAGUUUUAUGUUACAGUCAUCGUAGUCACACUUGCAGCGUCUUUUUCUAUAAUAUAUUGCACAAAUGGUGGAAUGUACUGGUUACAGCUUUUCGAUUGGUACUCAGCUUCGAUCUCAGUAGUUCUAGUUUGCUUGUGUGAAGUUAUCAUAGUCGGUUGGACUUAUGGCGUCAAAAGGUUCAUCAAAGAUGUUGAGUUCAUGACCGGGGAAAAACUAUCUUGGUAUUGGAUUCUGUCAUGGAAAAUCGUCACUCCUGUUUUCUUGACGUUUAUAUUCGUGACAGCCAUAACAUUCAACACCAGGGUUUCAUACUCAGGGCGAGAAUAUCCAGAAUGGGCUAUCCAAGUUGGCUGGGCAUCGUGCUUCACAUCUAUCGCGUGCAUUCCACUUCUUAUGGGCUACAGGCUCCUAUAUGUAGAAAAAGGUGACUUAAUCGAGAGGAUAUCAAGCAGCUUGAAUCCAGUGCCGGAUUGGGGACCGGCAAAGCUUCAAGAUAGAGUGGACUGGACUCGUCUGAAUCUGAAACGUUUCGUGAAAGAAAACGUUCUUAACAUGGAGGACAUUCGGCAUCAACAGUUUGUGAGUCUUUGUAAUGAUGAUGUAAAUACAUAAUUAAUUUUCGAGAGAA